AGUUACUUGAUCUGGAGUGCAAGCAGCGUAAAGAUUCAGGAUCUAUUACGUGGAACCUUGCUUUUAUCAGGUCCUGGGACAACUUUGUCCUGAAACGUAAAACCUACAUUCUUUGUGAUUAUGGUCUCAAAGAAGCAAUCGAACAUGGUGACCAUUCAGGUAACAGAUGCUGACGAUAGCAUUGAAAUUGUGGAUGAAAUCGAAGAGCCCCAAGAAAGACGAGGUAAUGAUGAAAGCAUAAGCGAAGAUGGAAGGGUCUGUGAAGAGCGAAAUGAUACCGACGGCGCUGGACGCAAUGGAGGGAAGGGGACGGAAGAAUCAUGUCCGAACGGUAGUAACGUGGAAAUGGAAGUCCAGACUGACCAAAAUUGGAGAAAGAAUUUCAAAGUGAGGGUGGAGGCGGGCGCCCCAAUGUUCAGGCAAGUUUCUCUCCGUUACGCACGUACGCAUAAAAAGACAAAGCCCGAAGACAUGUCGGCGUUCACCCAUGAGGAGCGGUUUUUGGCCGCCGUGAGGGACGGCGAUGUAUCUUUUGUAGAAGAUGCCCUAGAUAGGAUCGAAACCCAACCUCUCGAUGUUAACUGCACGGAUAGGAAUGGAAGAACUGCGAUUGCUGUGGCCAUCACCCGAGGGAACCUUCUGAUCCUGAAACUGCUUCUAAAGAGUAAUGUAGCCAUUGGGGAUUCGCUGCUCCGCGCUGUGGAUACUCAGUUCUUCGAGGCAGUGAAGCUUAUUCUCAAGCACUCGGAAUCUUUUGGGGAUCGACAGAUGGAGAUAGUCAACUGUCGUUCAGAAACGGAUGAUUAUCAUCCUGAAAUCACUCCCAUUAUUCUAGCUUGCCACCAUAACAACUUUGAGAUCAUCGAUAUUCUUUUGAAGUAUGGUGCCUUGGUGCCCAGCCCAGAUUCCGGCGACGCAGAGCGGACUGCAAAGCACACACUACAGCGGUCAGUGGGGACACUCAACAUCUACAGAGCUUUAUCCAGUCAGUUCUACAUCUCAAAAACAAGCAAGGACCCAAUGGGUGAUGCUUUCCUCCUGUGUCACCGUCUACGUCAAAUGAGUGGUCUCGAGUAUGAGUUCAGAGCCGAGUACCUGGAGCUUGCUGACACGAUAGAAGAGUACGCUGCCGACCUUCUUGGCCAGGCCAGAGAUUCCAAGGAGCUGAACAAGAUCAUGACCCAUGGACCGAAUAAGAUCAAAGCAGGAGUUACGGAGGAUGGCGCCACUCUACAGAAGGUCUUCAUGGCAAUAUCUUACACCCAGAAAAAGUUCGUGGCACAUCCUCAUUGCCAGCAACUUCUUAUCAAACGUUUCUUUGGCUCAUUGGCUUAUACACGAGAUUGGCCUCUAUGGAAACAGCUUCUGAUUAGUCUCCUGAUAAUGAUUGGCUAUCCGUUCAUCUCGAUCGUCUACAUCCUUAUGCCAGCGAAGAAGGUCAUAACCUUUGUUGACACCCCGUUUGUUAAGUUUCUGAUGAGUGUCGGAUCCCGGUUAACCUUCCUCAUAUUUCUCCUCAUUGCAACCUCGGCUUCCGGAACCACAUCCGAAGAUCCGCAAAAGCAAUGGACCCGGAUACCCGUACCGCUACUCUUCCUUAUUUUAGCCUGGCUAGUUGGAAUGACAUGGGCGGCCCUCAUCGGAAUCUAUCGGCAAGGGAUCAAGACAUUUAUCACGAAUGGUCAGAACAUUCUUGAAUUCUGCAUCCUCCUUCUCUUCUGGACCGCCCUCACAUUGUAUCUAGUGGCUUAUCUACAGACUCGAGAAACUGUCGUUGACAACAUCGCCCGUCGUGACAUCGAUCUCGACCAGCUCAGGGAAUUUCUGCAGAACGAGACCGUGCCCGAGCUUCGGGACUACAUCGAUGAGGUCGUCCGUAACGCCAGCCUCGAGAUUCAAGCCAACCAGAAUGCUAAUCUUACUGAGUUGAUACAGUCCGUAGUCAGAAAAACUUGUAAUGAAACUACCACAGAAGUGCCACCGAUGAUGACUACCACACCUGUGUAUUCUGGUAGAGUGUCACUGCCGCCUGACCAUCCAUCCGUUCUAGCUGAUGCCUUCUUUGCUGUAGCUACGGUCAUUGCCUUCCUUCGGCUACUAAGCUUAACGGUUUCCUCGCAGUUGGUCGGCCCCCUUCAGAUCUCGUUGGGCGGUAUGCUGUUCGACAUCGUCAAGUUCAUCCUCGUCUUCAUCAUCGUCUGGUUCGCCUUCGCUCUCGGUCUCAACCAGAUCUACCAGACCUACGAGGAGUACACCUACCAGCAGUGCAGUGAAGACCCCGACGCCGCCUGCGACUACGGCGCAUUCGCCAGUGUUGGAUUGUCAAUGUUAACCCUCUUCUGGGCCCUGUUCGGAUUGGAGUCCCUCAGCAUUAUACAGCUUGAAAGCGGCAUUAAUCACUACUUCACCGAGGCUGUGGGAACGUUCCUCUUCGGUCUCUAUCUCAUGUUUGCUGUGGUCGUCAUGCUCAAUGCUCUCAUUGCUAUGAUGAGCAAUACCUAUACGAGAGUCGAGGAAAAUUCGGAUACUGAAUGGAAAUACGCCCGAGCACAGAUGUGGGUGAGCUUCCUCCAACCUGGGAACACGACGCCCCCACCGUUCAAUGUGUUUCCCGCCAUUCGAGACUGGGCAGCGAUGUGUAGGAAACUCGGUAGUUCGUGUUGCCGCAGGAGUAAGGAUGAAAAUGGCAAUUCCAAGAAGCGAGACAGAAGCCAAGAGGAGUACACAGUGACGGUCAAACAACUUGUUGACCGGUAUAUCUUAGAUCGUACGACGCUCGGUGCGGAUUCGGAGGCUAACGUGACUCGAUCUGAUAUCAUGGCUAUUAGGAACGAUAUUGCUGUUUUCAGAUACGAGACAUUCAAAUCUCUGAAGGCAUCGGAAGUAUCCUUCACAAACCUCAAAGGCACGCUGGGCAGCAUCCAAACACAACUCGACAAGGUUGACAUCAUGAACACUAAAACAACCGAGCUGGACCAACACGUCCGCGAUGUCCGACGACGCACGACGGAGAUCCACGGCACCGUGGACGACAUCAUGGAAAACCUCACGAACACUCUCACUAAGGUUCGCGGACGGGGCGCCCAAGGGAGAGCUGUACGACAGAAGAUGGGAUCAAGUGGUCUAAGGGUGACUGAAGAACAUCAAGAAGACGAUGCAGCCAGUGAGACGCCCUCUUCGUCGUCUCUACACGAAUCAGCCAGCUCAUCGCACUCGACUCGGGACGACGGUGAAGACACCGAAACAUGAAUCCGUUGAGCUCGUCUAUCUGUACUAAUUCAAGGGAAUUGCAAGCUGUACUUUUUAGCUACAGUCACUGGCAAUAAAGGAGAGACGCGGUCUGAAUUUAGAAAGACGGAGAGAGAGAACGAAAUGAAAUGAUGCCUCAUUUUUAUCUGUGGUGAUUACCUAAUUGAGUUCUCAAAACCAGAAUAAAUGAGUGACGGGAUAUGUUUUCCGAGCCCAAAUGAGAGAAAGUGGGUACAUAUUGCUGUUAUUCCUACAUUGCAUAUUUGCUUAAUUCAUUAUUUCAUUUCAUGUUUAUUUUUAACAAUAAAAUAUGGAUUUUCAUUUAGUCUAAUACACAGGAUAUUGUGCAAAUAUCACCAACAUGACCAACGGCUUGAAGGGGAAUUUCACGCUGAAGAAAAUUUGUGGUGAAAAUAGCAGAAAAAUUAACAUUGGUGAAGGUUUGAGGAAAAUCCAUUAAAGAUUAAGAAAGUUGAUAGAGUUCUUAGUUUUUUUAAUUCGUUGACAUCAUAAACGAGCAGCUGCCCCACAUGUUAUGUGAUAUAAAAUGCAUCAAUUUCAAUUUUUGUAAUGGUUUGUGACUUUUUUUUUCGCCUUUUUGGAACGGGUGUAAAAUGAUUUGUCUAUUGUUAUACAGAAGGUACAAUAAAAACCAUUUUCAGUUUUCUGACAAAAUGGCAUUUCACUAAUAUCUUUCUAGAAAAUGUGCAGGAGAGUAGCUCGAAUAUGACGUCAAAAUCAAAUAAUUAAAUUUUGAUAAAUUCUAUAUUUGAUCGAUUUUUCUCAAAAUGUUGGUAAUAUAUUUCAUUAUUUUUGUUUAAAAUCAAUAUUUUUUCUUUUGUUACUAAAUUGUUGAGAGAAUUAAUAAAUUAAGCCUUUAGUCUUUCGUAGGUUUAUAUUUUUUGAAAGAGAAAAUGGUUAGCAGAAUGAAAUAUUCUUAUAUAGAAUGGUGGGAUAAUAUUGCAUAAUAAACAUGUUGAUACAAUUUGGAUCAAAGUUUUGCAGCAUAGCUGAUUUAUCAUUUCUUUGUAACUUUAAUUGCAGCAAGUAUCGUUUCAUUUCAUAAAAAAAAAUUGUAUCGUGUUUGUAUACUUUAUAAUGUUAUUAUAUAAAGGAUAUAUCUUAACAUGUUUGGCAUGUCUGACAUUUAUAACAGCAACUCAAACUGGUGUAAAUGAAUAAUAAAAAAAAUCUAAUUGAUCUUAUCGCGGGUCUAUCUAUCUAGGGUAUCCGAUAGGAUGACAAUGGGUUAUGUACAACUUAUCUAUUUCGGUAGGUUCAAAUAUUCUAUUUGAUCAUGUAUAAUGCAUAUUACUCUCUUAUGAGGGACUGCAUAACAAAUCUGAAAGCUAUUUGUUUCGGAAAUUUUUCAGAUAAUAUUUUAGUAAUGUUUUCUGGUUGUACUAUGCUUUACCAUAAUAAUUAUUCAUUUGUUGUUCAUGUUAGAUUGAUUUUCAAUUGUAUUUAACAUUGAUCUAUAUAGUUUUAUAUAUAUAUAAAAUAAUCCCAGUAUAAAACGGAUUAUAGUUACUUAUAAAUAAAUGUGAGUGCAUAAAUUGAUGAUAUGACUACUUCACAUUGCUCUUAUUUCAUUUAUUUUUCAAUGCAUUAUACUUAGAGAAUAAAUUAUAGAAUACUGAUAAUAAAUGAA